CAUUUUGCAGUGACUUACAAAGCUGGCUCAGCAUAGAUUAUCCGUGCAUAUGCAAUGGAAUGUGACCUCUGACCUUUGGCUGCAGCCAUGUGGAUUGGAGAGCAGGUCCGACCCGUCCCUAGGGGACUUGCUCCAUGUUUUAGGAGCAUUGAUACGCAGGUCACAUGACCCCGGGAGCAAGCUUCUGACAGGGGAGUUUGUCCAUCGACUGUUGAACCAUUUACCUGACAUAGGGCCAGAGCACUGACUCAUGUGAGGACCAUGCUUGUUUGUGACUCAAUAACUCCCACGACAAAACUUGAAAUCUGCACGCUUCUUUCUUCCUCUUCCUCUCCUUCUCUCUCCCCGCUCCGUCAUGGCAUCCCCCCGGCUGGAGACUUUCUGCUGCCCGAACCGAGACGCAGCGACGGAGUUUGUGGUCACCUUCCAGCCCGUCCUGUUCGGGGCUUUGGGUCUGGGGAGCGCGACUCUCAGUCUUUUUUUCGCUGUUUUACAAAUUCUGCCGAAACGCAAAGGAUACAGGAGACUUGGACAGUAUCCGCUGCCGAGGCCCGCGUCCUCUUCCCGGAUAUUGUUCAUCAUCAGUAUAUGUGACAUACUGGGAUGCACAGGUAUCAUUAUAAGGUCAUCUGUCUGGCUGGGCCUGCCGAACAUCAUUGACCACAUCUCAGUAACCAACAGCACUGAUGCCUGGCCUGAGGUCUUCUGUGUGGGCAGUGCAAUGUGGAUCCAGUUGUUCUUCAGUGCUUCUUUUUGGUGGACAUUCUGUUACGCUGUUGAUGUGUUCCUGGUGGUGAAAACAUCUGCAGGAAUCAGCACCAUUAUCCUCUACCACAUGAUUACAUGGGGUCUGGCUGUGCUGUUGUGUGUUGAAGGAGUGGCCAUGCUCUACUAUCCAUCUAUCUCUGAUUGUGAGCAAGGCCUCCAGCACGCAAUCCCUCACUAUGUCACUACAUAUGCACCGAUGCUGCUGGUACUCGUAGCCAAUCCUGUCUUCUUCUGUCGGACCAUAUCUGCAGUGACAUCUUUGCUCAAAGGACGACAAGGAAUCUACACAGAGAAUGAGAGACGUCUGGCCAAUGAGAUAAAAAUACGCUUCUUUAAAAUAAUGCUGGUGUUCUUUAUUUGCUGGGUUCCCAACAUCAUCAAUGAGAGCCUCCUUUUCUACCUGGAGACGCAGGCAGAUAUCACCGACGGCAGCUAUAGAAAUAUCAGGAACGCGGCCCUCAUCACCUGGUUUAUCAUGGGUAUCCUGAACCCCAUGCAAGCUUUCCUCAACACCCUGGCCUUUCACGGCUGGACGGGCUUCGAUGUUGACUUCAGAGUGCAGCGGAGGAGAGAGCUGCCCUGGGACUCAGUUUCCACUUCAGUGCCUAACGCAGCAGGCCAUAAUCCCGUGGUGGGCACUACUCUGCUCUACCAGAGUCAUGUCCAGGAAGGCAAGAAGAACAUGAUAAGCAACGGACAGCAACACUCUGACGCCAUCAGCGUCCUCUCAGAAGGUUCAGAGUCUAGUACAGUUGAAAUCCACAUUUCCAGCGAACUACGAGACUAUGAGGAUGUAGACGCUGAUGGAGAAUCCUUGGAGAACUCCGUGAGGCACUAGCUGGGAGCGAUCAACAAUCCGCCUCCCUCUCCUUUACAUGUGGCGAAUGUAGUUUUGCUGCUGCCCCCAUCCCCAGCAGUACAUUACUAACUACUGAGAAGGUACUCCCACCUGCUUCUCCAAGCAUGGGUUGUGCCGACAGCCAACUACUGUAGGUAAUGCACCGAUUAUG